CCCACUACAGUUACACGAAACUAAAGACUUUAUACCGCAGUUUACAGUGUACACGUUCGGGAUAAAGCACACGAGCCGUUUGGAAGUAUAAUGCCAUUACGUGUUGUUUUACAAGGUCCUGGGCCGUGGGGAUUCCGUCUGGUCGGAGGUAAAGACUUCGACCAACCUCUGACUAUCUCGAGGGUGACCCCAGGAAGUAAAGCAGCACAGGCCAAUCUAUGCAUCGGGGACAUGAUUCUGUCCAUAGAUGGAGAGUCCACAGAUGGCAUGACUCACCUGGAAGCUCAGAAUAAAAUCAAGGGCUGCAUGGAGGAAAUGGUGCUUUCCAUUGACCGAUCAGAUGCAAAAAUGUGGUCCCCCCUGGUCACGGAAGAAGGAAAGACCAAUCCAUACAAGAUGAAUCUGGCCAAUACAGAAGCGCAGGAGGUGAAACAUAUAGGCUCUGCUCAUAACAGGAGUGCCCUGCCAUUCAGCUCUGGCAGUCCAAGGGUGGUCACCAACCAGUACAAUAACCCUGCUGGCCUGUACUCCAAUGAGAACAUAAAAAGCUUCAACAAUACUGUAGAUGAUGUCAAGACCUCUGUCACCUCCAGUGAACCAAGUAGGAAUUCAGAUGCUUCUAGACCUAGCCAGCCUAAGCCUCCAUUACCUGCAGAAUCUGAGGUUUACAAAAUGCUGCAGGAGAAUCAGGAGUCCCAAGAGCCGCCUCGCCAGUCUGCCUCUUUUAAAGUUCUGCAAGAGAUCCUGGAAACUGAUGAUUCAGAAAAACCCUCUGGCUUCAGGAGUGUGAAACCCCCGACUACAAAAAUUGGAGCUUCUGUAGGAAAUGCUGAAAAACUGUCAGUUUGUGACAAAUGCGGAUCAGGGAUUGUGGGAAUGAUGGUCAAAGUUCGAGACCGAUUUCGUCACCCAGAGUGCUACGUCUGCACAGACUGUGGGAUCAACCUGAAACAGAAAGGACACUUUUUUGUUGAGGACAAGAUUUACUGUGAGAAACAUGCUCGUGAACGCGUCACUCCUCCAGAUGGUUACGAUGUUGUUACUGUCUUUCCAAAGUAGAACGUUUUUCCAAUGACACUUUGAAACUGCACAUUCCCUCAUGUGGGUAAAUAGGAAAUCUGUAAAACUUUAUGCAGAUAGUCUUUGACUGAGGCUGCUUUUGGCCAGAUUCAUGUGUAUAACUCUUACAUACACAGGUAAUGCAUUGAUGUAUAUGGCAACGGUAAUCGGGAAAUGUUAUUGCACCACCUGUGAAUGUAGAGUCUAUGCAGAUGAAGUGCCAUUGUUUAUACAUUCCAAUAUCUUAGUCAUUCCAAGCUAUAAAGGGCUUAUAUUAUUGGUGCGAAGGUAUCUUAAGACCACUUUCUGCAUUUGCAGUUUAAGUUUCUCAUAAAUUGAUUAUUAAAUGUAUGUAUUAGCAGUUACUGUUGUAUUCCUCAUGCUCACCAUGCAGUACUUAAAAACUCUUCCAAGUAUGUAUAGGCCUAUUGUUUUUUGUAUUGCCUAUAUUUUUUAUAACAAUAACUCUUUCAGCCUGGCUUGAGAAAUAAAAUGUUGCAUAUC